AUGGCCUCCUCCAUCAUGAGAGCCUCGCUCUUCCUCCUUGCCGCGGCGCCAGCUGCCUCGUACGAUCUUUCUCGCAGGCAGGCAGCCGCCAAUGCCACGUACAGGGACCCCAAUGCCUCGGUGGACGACCGCGUAGCUGAUCUCCUCUCGCGGAUGACCAUUGAGGAGAAGACUGCACAAUUGGUUCAGGGUGAUUUUUCCAACUGGAUCAACACGACAUCGAAUGCCUUCAACUACACCGGCUUGGCCUGGAACAUGGCCAACAGAGCUGGGCAGUUCUACGUGGGAUACGCAAUUCCCCCGGACUGGGUCGCUGAAGGUGUCAGGAAAGCCCAGGAUUACCUCGUCAAGAACACCACGUUGGGUAUUCCAGCUUUCGUGCAGACCGAGGGUAUCCACGGCCUGCUCAUCGGCAAUGCCACUGUCUUCAACAGCCCGAUUGCACAAGCUUGUUCGUGGGACCCAGAGCUUAUUGAGCAGAUGGCUCGCGUUAUAGCCGACGAGUCCAAGACAAUUGGUGUCAACCAAGUUUUUGCUCCUCUCGCAGAUCUCGCUCGCGAACUACGGUACGGCCGUGUCGAGGAGACAUACGGCGAAGACCCGCACCUGGUCGGUGAAAUGGCAUACAGCUAUGUGAUCGGAGUGCAAGACCACGAUGUCAGCGCAACAAUCAAGCACUUCGCUGGAUUUUCCGCACCUGAACAAGGUCUCAACACUGGCCCAGUGCACGGCGGAGAGCGCGAGCUUCGAACAACUUGGCUGCCGUCCUUCAAGCGUGCCAUCAUCGAUGCUGGUGCAUACAGCAUCAUGGGGUCCUACAACUCUUACGAUGGCAUCCCCACCAUUGCGGACUACCACAUGAUGACUGAGAUCCUCCGCGAAGAGUGGGGUUACAAGUACUGGUUGACUUCCGAUGCUGGCGCGACUGACCGCAUCUGCUGCGCCUUCAAGAUGUGCAGCUGCACGCCGAGAGGCGGCGGCCAGAAGGACGCCGUUGACAGUGAAGCCAUUACCCUGUACGCCCUCCCAGCUGGAAACGAUGUCGAAAUGGGCGGAGGCAGCUACAACUUCGCCAACAUCCCCGAGCUUGUUGAGGCCGGAAAGCUUGACAUUGAGGUCGUCGACACAGCCGUUGCACGACAGCUUCGCGCCAAGUUCGCUCUGGGUUUGUUCGAGAACCCGUACCCUGGACUGGGUGCCAGCAAUGGUACGAACGGCACAAGCGGCUUUCCUCACAAGACCGAGAGUGUGAAGCUUGCGCGAAAGCUCGAUGCAGAAUCGAUCGUCCUCCUGGAGAACAAGAAGCAAACUCUCCCCUUGAAGAAAAAUGCCAACAUCGCCGUCAUUGGCCCGAUGGCCGACUUUGUCAACUUCGGAGACUACGUCGUCUACCGCUCGCAAUACAACGCCCAGAACGUCAACCCGCUGCAAGGCAUCCGCAAUGCCUCUACCGGCACCGUGACCUACGCGCAAGGCUGCGAGCGCUGGUCAACCGAUGAGUCCGGCUUCCCGGAGGCCGUCUCGGCCGCCGAAGCCGCCGACGUCGCCGUAGUGGUUGUAGGAACCUGGUCCCGAGACCAAGGUGAGCUCUGGACUGGCCUCAACGCCACGACCGGCGAGCACAUCGACGUGAACGAUCUCACGCUCGUCGGCGCCCAGGCGAACCUCGUCAAGGCUAUCAUCGACACCGGCAAGCCCGUCAUCGUUGUAUUUCAGAGCGGCAAGCCUGUGACAGAGCCCUGGAUCUCUGAUGAGGCGUCGGCACUAAUCCAGCAGUUUUAUCCCGGUGAGCAGGGUGGUGCUGCGCUCGCAGACGUGCUCUUUGGAGACGUCAACCCCUCGGGCAAGCUCUCCGUGUCUAUCCCCCACGAUGUCGGCAGUCUUCCUGUCUUCUACGACUACCUAAACUCGGGCCGAUUCGCUGGAGGCACUGCUCCCAACCCGGGAGAGAUAUAUGACAACGGCACGCUGAAAUUCGGAAGCUCGUACGUAUUUGGCACGCCCGAGGCGCUUUACGAGUUUGGGUACGGCCUUUCGUACUCUAACUUCACGUACUCCAAUGUCUCGCUGUCGAAGAGCACAGCUUCGGCGGAUGACACCAUCACUGCGAGCGUCAGCAUCACCAACACAUCGCCUGUGGACGGAAAGGAGGUCGUGCAGUUCUACAUCCAGGACGUCAUCGCCUCGGUCGUGGUGCCUAACAAGCAGCUCAAGGGUUUCAAGAAGGUGCUCGUCAAGGCAGGUGAGACGGUCGAUGUCAGCGUCGACAUGGAGGUCAAGGACUGGGGUGUGUGGGAUAUCAGAAUGAAGUAUGUGGUCGAGAAGGGAGACUUCAUCGUGCAUGCCGGUUCGAGCUCCAGUGACUUAAGGGGCAAUGCGACGGUGACGGUGACGUGA